GGAGGGGAGGGGACACCGAGCGACGGCCGCUGAAAUGCUUGGGCGCCGGGAGGCCGCGGCGCAGCCGGAAUCAAGAAGCGGCUGAGGGCGAGAGGAGAGGGAGAGGGAGACGGCGCGACAUGUUCCGCUGUGGAAUUAACCGAUGGUGUGCUGGGGAGGAAAAACGAGUUGACAGCCGCACGGUUUAUGUUGGCCAUCAUCCAACUCCUGGGAUAGAAACAUUUCUUCCUCAGACUUUUUGUGACAACAGAAUAAUUUCUUCAAAGUAUACAUACUGGAACUUUAUUCCAAAAAAUCUGUUUGAACAGUUCAGAAGAAUUGCAAAUUUUUACUUUCUUAUCAUAUUCCUUGUACAGGUUAUUGUUGAUACUCCAACUAGCCCAGUAACAAGUGGACUGCCUCUCUUUUUCGUGAUUAUUGUAACUGCAAUCAAACAAGGCUAUGAAGAUUGGCUCAGACACAAAGCAGAUAAUUCUGUCAAUAAAAGUCCUGUAUAUGUUGUUGAUGGAGGAAGAACAGUAGAAAAACAGAGUGAGAAAAUUCAGGUUGGCGAUAUUGUGUGUGUGAGAGAAGAUGAAACGUUUCCAUGUGAUCUCAUCCUUCUAUCCUCGAGCAGAGAAGAUGGCACCUGCUAUGUCACUACUGCUAAUUUGGAUGGGGAAUCAAGUCAGAAGACAUACUUUACUGUGCCGGACACCAGUGCAUUCCGUACAGAUAUGGAAGUAGAUUCUUUGAACGCCGCCAUUGAAUGUGAACAACCUCAGCCUGACCUUUACAAGUUCGUUGGGCGAGUUCAUGUUUUCAGUGAUAAACAAGAACCAACUGCAAGAUCUUUGGGACCUGAAAACCUGCUGUUAAGAGGAGCCACAUUAAAGAACACUGAUAAGAUAUAUGGUGUUUCCAUAUAUACAGGAAUGGAAACCAAAAUGGCCUUGAACUACCAAGGAAAGUCACAGAAACGCUCAGUGGUGGAGAAGUCGAUUAAUGUUUUUUUAAUAGUGUAUCUGUGCAUAUUGGUCACUAAAUCUUUGGUAGGCACCAUAUUGAAGUACGUCUGGCAAAGUGAUCCUGCUAACGAUGAGCCCUGGUACAGUUCAAAAACAGGCAAAGAGAAAAGCACCAACCAGCUUGUGAAGAUGUUCACCGACUUCCUGUCCUACAUGGUGCUCUUCAACUUCAUCAUUCCAGUCUCUAUGUAUGUCACUGUGGAGAUGCAGAAGUUCUUGGGUUCUUACUUCAUUACAUGGGAUAAGGACAUGUAUGAUGACCAUUUAGGUGAAGGAGCACUGGUAAACACAUCUGAUCUCAAUGAGGAACUGGGGCAGAUCCAGUAUGUUUUCACGGAUAAAACUGGAACCCUGACAGAGAACAACAUGGAAUUUAUUGAAUGUUGCAUAGAUGGAUUCAAGUAUAAAAACGUAGGCGUUGAUUUGUGUGUUGUGGAUGGCAUCUCUUCAAAUGAUGGUCCCGGUAGUAGAGUCUUUGGAAUGGCUGGAAAGGAAAAGGAGGAGCUGUUUCUUCGUGCUUUGUGCUUAUGUCACACCGUUCAAGUAAAAGAAGAGGACAAAGUGGAUGGUUUAGUAAAGCAGCACGGGAACCAGUGUACAUACAUCUCAUCUUCUCCAGAUGAAGUUGCUUUGGUACAAGGUGCUAAAAAACUGGGCUUCACCUUUCAAGGAAUGGAAAGCAACUGGAUGAAAAUACAAAAUAGAGACUCAGAAAUUGAAAUGUAUGAACUUCUGCAGAUUCUUAGCUUUGACCCUGUUCGCCGACGUAUGAGUGUAAUAGUAAAAGAGAGUUCAGGGAAAAUUUUCCUUUUCUGCAAAGGAGCAGACUCUUCAAUUUUUCCAAGGGUAAAAGCUGGCAGACAAGAGGAAAUAAAAUUGCACGUGGAGCGCAGUGCUGUGGAUGGUUUGAGAACACUCUGUGUUGCAUACAGAGAGCUCACUCAGGAUGAAUAUGACCAGAUUAGUACACAGCUUCAUGAAGCCAAAAUGACCCUGAAGGACAGAGACAAAAAGUUAGCAGAAGCUUACGAAGAUAUUGAAAUCGAUUUAAAUUUAAUUGGUGCAACAGCAGUUGAAGACAAACUCCAAGACCAGGCUGCAGAAACAGUUGAAGCCUUGCACUCUGCAGGUAUAAACGUUUGGGUGCUCACAGGAGACAAGAUGGAAACAGCAAUGGCCACAUGUUUUGCCUGCAGACUCUUCCAUACCAAUAUGAAGCUUUUAGAGCUGACAACAAAGAACAUUCAGGAGUACAAAGCAAGAAGUGAGGCGAAGGUGCAUGAGCUAUUGCUGGAACUGUACAAAGUGGUUGUCCAGGAUAAAAAAUGCUCUUCUUUAAGUCUGUUAAGAAGUUGGUCUGCUACGCAGGAAUAUGGUUUGAUCAUUGAUGGUGCUGCCCUGUCACUAAUAAUGAAACCAACCCAAGAUGGAAGCACAAGCAACUACAAAAACCUGCUAUUGCAAAUAUGCCAUAGGUGUACUGCAGUUUUAUGUUGCCGUAUGGCCCCAUUACAGAAAGCGCAGAUUGUAAAAAUGGUGAAGAACACAAAGGAUCAUCCUAUAACGUUAGCAAUCGGCGAUGGUGCAAAUGAUGUCAGUAUGGUUCUAGAGGCACAUGUUGGGAUUGGUUUAAAAGGCAAAGAGGGCCGUCAAGCAGCAAGAAACAGUGAUUAUGCAAUACCAAAGUUUAAGCACCUCCGGAAGCUCCUGCUCGCCCACGGACAUUUGUACUACAUUCGGAUAGCACAUCUUGUGCAGUAUUUCUUCUACAAGAAUCUUUGCUUCAUCUUUCCUCAGUUUUUGUACCAGUUCUUCUGCGGAUUUUCUCAGCAGCCACUCUAUGAUGCAACUUACCUCACGUUAUAUAAUAUCUGCUUCACUUCUCUGCCAAUUCUGCUGUAUGGCCUGCUGGAACAGCAUGUAAGCAUUGAAAUACUGAAAAAAGACCCCUCCCUUUACAGGAAUAUUGCCAAUAAUGCAUUGCUACAAUGGAAACCUUUUCUUUAUUGGACAUUUCUGGGGCUGUUCAAUGGCCUAGUAUUUUUCUUUGGAGUUUAUUUGUUCUACGGCAAUUCAACCCUUACAGAGAAUGGUCAGGUUUAUGGAAACUGGACUUUUGGGACAAUUGUCUUUACUGUUUUGGUAUUUACAGUUAAUCUGAAGCUCGUAUUGGACACUCGAUACUGGACAUGGCUCAACCACUUUGUAAUAUGGGGUUCUUUAGCCUUUUUUGUCACCUUUUCUUUCAUUUGGGGUGGCGUCAUAUGGCCUUUCCUGAAGCAACAAAGAAUGUACUAUGUGUUUGCACAGAUGCUGACUUCUGUUUCAGCGUGGCUGAUUAUAAUUUUAUUAAUAACUGUUAGUUUGGUGCCUGAUGUUGUGGUAAAACUCUUUAGCAAGCCACUUGAGAAAGGCAGGCUGCAGAAAUAUUUGGUCUAUAACAAGGCUUCUGAUUCAGUUUCGACCCCCAGAUCCCCUGUCGAGCCACUUCUUGCAAGAUCAUUCUCAAUUGAAUCAUGAUUACCACUGACAGAGUGUAAAAUUUACAAAGCAUGAAUUGCUGACGUUGAAAUACAUUAAAGAUGGUCCUUUCAGCCCUAGCCCAAAACCUGAAGUGAAUUGAUCAACCUGUGAAGAAAUGAUUGUGGUUGGACUGGUAAUGCACAUCAAACCACCCUGUACACAGUGCCUGUGGUAUUAACAGCCCUGAACUUCUGUUUGGACCUAGCCCAAAAUGGACUUUUGUGGGGUACCUGAAUAUGAAUUUGACUUUGGUGAACAGCGUUUCUGUAGUAGAUCAGAAACUGCAGAGUGAUCUGCGUUCUGAGAAUGCACUUCUUGUAAUGUAAUAGGUAGACUGCAUUUGCCUUGUCCAGCAGCUUUGUUAAGAUAGCUAUAAAACAAAUUUUUUUUAAAGUCAUCUUGUAAAAUGAUUUAGCAUUGUUCAUUUGUCAACGUAUUAAAGUUUGAAUUGUUACUGUUCCAUUAUAUAUUUUGAACUCCACUUAAGUAAUCAGGGAUUAUAAGAAUUGUUUGUCAAUGUUUCAGUGCCGUGUCAGAUGUGAGUUGUGUAACUGAAUGCUAUUUACCUGUUGAGCAGACUAAACUGUUUGAUAAAUCUGGUUUAGAGUGAUUGCAAAGCAACUGCCCCUGUUGGUUUUUACAUUUUUAACUCUAUACUAGUGCAAUUUGGAAUGUCCCGUUGUCUAAAGUUAGUAGUUUAUAUAACAAGCUAAGGUUUUUGAAUGUUAAGCCAGUGACCAAUUGAUGCUAGUGAAUGAAGACAUCGUUUCUUGUCCUUAACUUCAGAUUAAUUAUUUACAGGUUACAUCAAACCAUAUAUUGCAAGCUGGUAAAGUCGCAUUUACCACGUGAGUUAUAAACUAUGGUAAAUUUCUGAAGCAUGAAUAUAAACCAGCAUUGUUCAUGGUUUUUUUAACCUUGCAGAGAAACAAGUCAUGUUUUUAAUUCAAAACUAAAUAUAUAGGAAUGUAUGAGACAUUAUUACUGUUAAUAAAAUACAAAGUCCAGAUCUUGAUAUGAUUGAACUUGUCUGUGAUAAAUAUGUAUGCUGGCAUUUUAUAUAUGUACAUAUGAAAAUGAAGCUUCUGUAUGAACUUAAACAGGAAUAAACAAAUACCAUCUUGAA